CAUACAAAUGGACAAUCUUAUGAAUGUGAAAUUUGUUUUAAAACUUUUACACAAGCCAGGUAUCUUAAACAGCAUCGCCGUACACAUACAAGACAACGUUAUGAGUGCAAGAAUUGUGGCAAACCAUUUUUACGUAUCGGAUAUCUGGAACAGCAUGCUCAUUGUCACACGGGAGAAAAACGUUAUGAGUGUAAAGUCUGUGGGAAGAAAUUUAAAGACUUCAGUAACCACAAACGACAUCUGUACAUUCAUACUGGCGAGCGGCCCUUUGAAUGCCAUGUAUGUGGGAAGGGCUUUACUCAAGUGUUCAACUUGAAGCAACAUUUACUGAUCCAUUCAGGAUUACGACCUCAUGAAUGUGAAAUAUGUGGGAAGAGUUUUACCCAGUUUCACAGUCUUAGGUUACACUCUCUAAUUCAUACAGGAGAGCGACCUCAUGAGUGUAAUGUAUGUGGAAUGCAUUUUAGAGUGGCAAGAAGUCUCAAGAGACAUUCUCUUGUUCAUACUGGAGAACAGCCAUAUAAAUGUAAGAAUUGUGGUAAAGGAUUCACACAAUAUAGCAUUUUGAAGACGCAUUCACUUAUUCACACCAGGGUCCGCCCCCACAAAUGUGAAGUUUGUGGUAAGGAUUUUACAGGGACCAGGAGUCUGAACAGACAUUUACUGACACACAGAACAUAGAUUUUAUGUAUUUGCUGUAAACAUAAGUUACAUUCAUGAUG